AUGGGUACAAAUGAUCUGAUCAAUCCUUGUGAAAAAAAAUGUUCCACUCUUUCAGAACCUCACAAUUCAAACAUUCCUGGUUUUAUUUCUGUGGAAGAUACUGAUUCACCGCUGAUUCAUCCCUCCAUCAGUGCUUCUGAGAUGGAGAAGAGGAUUCGGAAGACGUUUCCCGAAACAAUGGUUUGGAAAUUAGUCACAGUUGGGGCAUCCGGUCAGGCUGAUAUAAAAGUCCAAGUACCCGAUUCCAUUACUGGGUGGAAAGCCACAGCAUUCUGUAUGGGAGAUAUAGGUCUGGGUAUUGCCAAUGCCACCACCAUGCAGGCCUUCCAGCCAUUCUUUAUACUCAUAACUCAUCCGUAUUCAGUAGUCAGAGAAGAGAUAUUCUCAAUCAAAGCAUCUGUAUUCAAUUACCUAUCUAAGCCAAUGAUGGUAAAAGUCAAUCUCCAUGACCGUCCAGAGCUAAAAGUGGAUGAAUGUCCUUCCUGCAUGACCCCUCAGUGUCUUUAUCCCGAAGAGAGUAUAGUGUUUAUCUGGGAAGCACAAGCUCUGCAAGUGGGUUCUGCAGAAAUUGUGGUCAGUGUACAAGCCAUUCAUACAGAAGAAGAGUGCAGAGGAGAGCAGCCAAUCGUCCCAGACACUGGUGCUUCUGAUACGGUCAUGAAGACUGUGAUUAUUAAGGCAGAGGGCAUGCCAGUGGAGAAGUCUCACAAUUCUAUUCUUUGUGGUAAAGGUAAUCUUUCUUCUGAGACCAUAUUCAUCACGGUACCCCCUGAAACUGUGCCUAACUCUGUAACAGCUGUGUUCUCAGUUGUAGGAGAUCUAAUGGGUUCUGCACUUCAGGGAACUGAGCAGCUUCUUACCCUCCCGUAUGGAUGCGGGGAGCAGAAUAUGGCCAGGUUUGUUCCCAAUAUCUAUGUGAAUGAUUACCUGGAGAAUACAAACCAAAUGACAGAGGACAUCAAGCAGCUGGUAGUUAAAUACAUCACACAAGGAUACCAGAGACAGCUUGACUUUUGUAGAGAAGAUGGCUCAUUCAGUGCAUUUGGGGAUAGUGAUGAAGAUGGCAAUGCCUGGCUGACGGCUUUUGUCAUGAUGUCUCUUCAUGCAGCUUCUCAUUGUAUCUACGUGGAUAAGAAAUACAUUGAGGAGACAGGAAAAUGGCUGAUGGAGAACCAGCUCCCAAGUGGAUGUUUCAGAAAUAGGGGGAAACUCUUCAAAACCACUUUAAAGAGCCCUUACACAUGA